AUGGCAUUCGGCCUCCCUUCGAGUUUGCCCUUGGGAAUCAGAGAAGGUGGUCGUCCAGAGCGGAGCUUUUACAGGCCAGGGCCUCCUGGACUGAUUCCCGCUUGGCCUGCGGAGGGGACCGAGGGCAAGUGGAGAAAGUGGAGAAGUGAUCUACAGAACGCCAUGUCUUUCAAUGGCCCGAUUCACUACCCUCCAAAGCCUCUGAAACCGGAAACCAUCCUCAAGUCCGGCUUCAUCCCGUAUGGCUUCACUUCCCUAAAGGAGGCCACACAGAAGCCCGAUCUUGCUCAGCAUCGCGCGGGAAGAAGACGCCCAAGCCUCGAAUGGCCUUCCCUCACUGGUCGUAUACCAUUUCGUCAGGGAGAAUGGUGGUAA